CGCAGCUUCAGUCCCACGGCCGGGCCCCGCGCGGCCGCCAUGUUGGAGACUGGCAAAGAGAGGGUCGGGUGGGGGCGGGGGCCACCGGCUGGGUCGGAGCGUUGUUGCCUGCCGCUUUUGGCGGCACAAAGGACAGAGGCCUCCGUCCCCGUCCACACAAAGCUCGGCGACCCAGGCAGAGGCCCUGCGGGGCGGCGGGGCUUGCCCGGGAGCUGCCGCCGCGACUUCCGCCCCGGCCUCCGCGGCGCCUCUGCGCAUGCGCGCGCCCACGUGCCCAGCGGCGGUUUCUGUUCCCCGGCGCGUCGUGCGGGGGAUGUUGAGCCGCGCGCUCUGGAAGGCGGGACGGGCUCUUUAGAUUUUUUUAUUUUUGCUUUUUUAUUUUACUUUUCGGAGUAGGGGAUCACACCCGGCGAUGCUCAGGGCUGACUUCUGGCUCUGCACUCAGGAAUCACUCCUGGCGGUGCUCGGGGGACCAUAGGGAUGCCGGGUCGAACCCUGGUCGGCCGCGUGCGAGGCAAACGCCCUCCCCGCUGUGCUCUCGCUGGGUGGGGGGACAGUAUCGGUGAUUGGGUUGAAUCUGGGUCGGUUGUGUGCAAGGUGAGCGCCCUCCCCGCUGUCCUGCUGCUCGGACCUGCGUCCUAGCUCAGCAACAGCCACCCUUGUUAAAGGCGGGAGAGGUCGUGCUGGCCUUCAGGCGCUGACCCCGCUUGGCCCUCCCGCACCCUGUAGGACCCCCCAGGAGUGAGCCCCUAGCACUUCUGUGUGUUGCCAAAAAAGGAAAAACCCAAAACAAACACAGUAGAAAGCCCUAGUUAAGGCAUUUAGUUACAUGUUCUAGAUUAUUUGAAUUUUGCACGAUAGCACUGGGUUUUAUGUGCAUUUCGUGUUCUGACUGGAUCAGGUGCUCUUGCUGUUCUUUUGUCGUUAAUGACAAAUUUCUCUGUUUGGUUCCAUUCCCUACCACUCAACUCAGAUAUUAUCCCAUUAUUGAAAUAAUGACUAUAAAAAUCCGAAAGGAGCGGGGGCUGGCUUGGUGAGUAAGGCCCUGGGUUCCAUUUGCAGCACUUCAUGUGCCUCCAGCACCGCCUUGCUCAGUGCUGGCCUGGGCUAGAUCCUUGGCGCCCCGUGUGGACCCCAGUGCUGGCCCGAGUGACCCGGGAGCAUAGAGCCGUGACUGAACCAUGACCCUUGCAGGGUGUGGGACUCACCCGGGAAGAGAAAGGGGGAAAAGCCCUUGACUGUCACCCCUGCAGGACUAGUUGGUAGCCUGGUGACGUUCUGCACCCGCUUCCUCAUCUGAAACCCCAGUGAUCAGCUGCCAGCUCUGGCGACCUGAGCGCCAGGGAGCCCAGGGCCUGGCAGUGCUUGGCACCUCCUAGCGUUCAGUGUGAGUUGGUCUCGGUUCCCAGCCCUGCACCCUAGGCCGGCAGCAGGGAGAGGCCAGGGCUGGGACCUUGUCUAAUUAGUGCGGGGAGAAGGAAGCUCCAGGAAGAGCUGCUGGCUGUCCUGUGGGGGCAGUGUUCACCCCUAGGAGCUGUACCCCUUGGGCUGUAUCUGCCGCCCUCGCCCGUGACACCCCUUUCCUUGCUCCCGGUUUCCCCUGGAUGGAUGUCCUCAGCGAAGCGAGCGUGCUGCGCCUUAGUUUGUUCCCUGACGUGGACAGGGAGGUGUCUCCCAUCUGAGGAUAGAGGCGGCCGGAGAGAGAUCACCGAGCUGGGGGGACGUUGUGGUUCUGCAGAAGUGCUUCCCAAGAAGGGUCCUCCCUGCUGGACAGGACGGGACCACCACGCCCUCCAGCCGUGGUCCUGCUUUUCCCGGCUCCGGGUAGGAGGCUUCUGCCUCCGAGCUGUCCCUGUUCUGUGACCUGCACGCCCGUCUGUCCACCCUAGACCAUGAGCACCUGGAUGCCCAUUGCCAAGGAGUACGACCCGCUGAAAGCCGGCAGCAUCGAUGGCACCGACGAAGACCCCCAUGACCGCGCCAUCUGGAGGGCCAUGCUGGCGCGCUACGCCCCCAACAAGGGCGUCACCGGGGACCCACUCCUUACCCUGUUUGUGGCGAGGCUGAACCUGCAGACCAAGGAGGAGAAGCUGAGGGAGGUGUUCUCCCGCUACGGCGACAUCCGGCGGCUGCGGCUGGUGAAGGACCUGGUGACCGGCUUCUCCAAGGGCUACGCCUUCAUCGAGUACAAGGAGGAGCGUGCGCUGCUCAAGGCCUACCGCGACGCCGACGGCCUGGUCAUCGACCAGCACGAGAUCUUCGUGGACUACGAGCUGGAGCGGACGCUACGGGGCUGGAUUCCCCGGCGCCUGGGCGGGGGGCUGGGCGGCAAGAAGGAAUCCGGGCAGCUGAGGUUCGGGGGGCGCGACCGGCCCUUCCGGAAGCCCAUCAACUUGCCCGUGGUCAAGAACGACGCAGGGAGAGAGGGGAAGAGGGAGCGGCGGGAGCGGUCUCGGUCCCGGGACAGACACUGGGACGCCAGAGCUCGCGAGCGCGCCCGGGAGAAGAGGUGGCAGGAGAGGGAGCCAGCCCGGCCGCGGCCCGGUGGCGACUGGGAGCCAGACCGGGACUCGAGGGACGACAGGGCCAAGGGGAGGGAGAAAAGGGAUCGGAGUAAGUAGGGCCCCGCCCCCGUCACGCCUGGGUCUGGGUCUGCGUCAGGAGCGGCUACCGUGAUGCUUCCCACAGAGGCUGAGCCAAGAAUCCAAUAAAACUCGGCACCGUGCAGUCGGGAGUGAGUGUGUUUCCUUUCGCUGGAGCCCAGGUUGGCGCUGACGGAGCUGGGGAAGGUCUGGGCUUCCCCGACGGCUGCUCUGGAAAUGGUUCUGCGGGCGCCAGUGUCUGAGGGGGUGAAUGAGGAGCCCCCUGCCCGCGGGCUCGGCAGUACGGACUCCAAUGGGGCUUGUAGAACCUUGGCAAAAGGAGGUGUCGUGGGCUGGAGCGAUAGCACAGUGCCAGGGCGUUUGCCCUGCUCUCAGCUAACUCGAGUUCUAUCCCUAGCACCCCAUGUGGUCCCCCAGCCCACCAGGAGUGAUCCCUGAGCAGCUGCUGGGUUUGGCCCCAAACAAAAAUGAGGUGCUGACCGAGCCAUCUCAUCCAUCCGCAGCUCCCAGGCCCCCUGGCCGGGGUCAGGUGUCUUCACUGUGAAGGGCUCGGCGGGUUUUC